UCACAUUUAUAAAAUUAAUCACUCUCUCUCUCUCUCCCUUAACAAAAAAUCUGAAGUUUGAUUCUGGGCUUUAUUGGUUUUCAGAUUGGCCACAUCAUCACUUCCGAAAACACCUCUUCCUUCUUCUCCAUUGUAAUCACAGAAACAAAAGUUGCUACCUUUCGUCGUUUGUUGAGACAAUAAUGAUAUUCUCCAAGCUCGCUCGAUCCUCUCGCUUCAAGGGAUUGGUAUACGGUCGUGGUGUCAGAUCGGCGAUUUUAAACGAAGGGAGGCUUCGAGCAGCGCCGUCAUCGGCUGUUGAGUCUGGCGCCAAUCAAUUGGAUGGUGGAUUAGGGUUUCUGAGGCGCCAAUUUUCUUCUUUAGCUGCUCGUAAAGGAGUGGAUGCCAAUGUUUUCGCUAACCCGAGAUUGCGUCGUUUCUUCUCUAGCCAAGCCCCCAAGAAGAAGAAUUACGAGAAUUACUACCCGAAAGAUACUAAGAAAGCACCCAAGAAUGAGCACAAAUCUGAAUCCAGAGAUGGUUCAAAUAAAAGUGAAAAUGAGAAUGCUGGGGAAUUUAACACCAAGGAACUUCAAAAUUUGUUGAUUCCUCUGAUGGCUAUUGCUUUAAUCCUUUCUUCUUUCUCCCUUGGUUCUAGAGAACAGCAACAGAUUAGCUUCCAGGAGUUUAAAAACAAGCUACUUGAGGCUGGUCUAGUGGACCACAUAGAUGUUUCUAAUAAAUCAGUUGCGAAAGUCUAUGUGAGGAGUUCACCAAAAAGCCAAACAACUGAUGAAGUUGUUCAAGGUCCUGGUGGUGGAGUUGCUGCUAAAGGACGUGGUGGUCAGUAUAAGUACUAUUUCAAUAUUGGUAGUGUUGAAUCCUUUGAGGAGAAGUUGGAAGAGGCACAAGAAGCGUUAGGUGUUGAUUCUCGUGACUUUGUUCCUGUCACCUACGUCUCUGAAAUGAUUUGGUACCAGGAACUCUUGAAGUUUGCACCCACUUUGCUUCUAUUGGGUACGCUGUUUUAUGCGGCAAGACGAAUGCAAGGUGGGUUGGGAAGUGUUGGAGGACCUGGUGGGAAGGGUGGCCGUGGAAUUUUCAAUAUAGGGAAAGCUCAGAUAACAAGAGCUGAUAAAAAUUCCAAGAAUAAGAUAUACUUUAAAGAUGUUGCGGGAUGCGAGGAGGCUAAGCAAGAGAUUAUGGAGUUUGUGCAUUUCCUUCAGAACCCAAAGAAGUACGAGGAUUUGGGAGCCAAGAUCCCUAAGGGUGCGCUUUUAGUUGGCCCACCAGGGACUGGGAAGACCCUUCUAGCAAAAGCCACGGCUGGUGAAUCAGCUGUGCCGUUUCUAUCCAUAUCUGGUUCAGAUUUCAUGGAGAUGUUUGUUGGCGUUGGACCUUCCAGAGUGAGAAACUUGUUUCAAGAGGCAAGACAAUGUGCACCUAGCAUCAUAUUCAUCGACGAGAUAGACGCCAUUGGCCGUGCAAGAGGACGUGGAGGUUUCUCUGGUGGUGGGAAUGAUGAGCGUGAAAGCACUCUUAACCAGCUGCUAGUGGAAAUGGACGGUUUUGGUACCACCGCGGGAGUUGUCGUGCUUGCUGGGACUAACAGGCCUGAUAUUCUCGAUAAAGCUUUGUUACGACCUGGCAGGUUUGAUCGUCAGAUAACCAUAGACAAACCUGAUAUUAAAGGCCGUGAUCAGAUAUUCCAGAUAUACUUGAAGAAGAUCAAACUUGAUCACGAGCCCUCUUAUUACUCACAGAGGCUUGCAGCUCUCACUCCUGGAUUUGCUGGAGCUGAUAUUGCGAAUGUCUGUAACGAGGCGGCUCUUAUUGCCGCCAGACAUGAAAAUGGAACAGUUACAAUGGCACACUUCGACUCUGCAAUUGAUCGUGUUAUCGGGGGUCUGGAGAAGAAAAACAGGGUAAUAAGCAAGCUGGAGCGGCGUACAGUUGCAUAUCAUGAAUCUGGUCACGCGGUUGCUGGGUGGUUCCUGGAACAUGCUGAACCAUUGCUAAAGGUGACUAUUGUUCCUCGUGGCACAGCAGCGCUCGGGUUUGCCCAGUACGUUCCAAAUGAAAACUUGCUCAUGACAAAAGAACAACUCUUUGACAUGACUUGCAUGACUCUUGGCGGCCGGGCAGCUGAACAGGUAUUGAUAGGGAGAAUCUCCACCGGCGCUCAGAACGAUCUGGAGAAGGUAACCAAGAUGACAUAUGCGCAAGUGGCGGUGUACGGGUUCAGCGAAAAGAUAGGAUUGCUUUCAUUUCCACAACGAGAAGACGAAUUCUCCAAACCAUACAGCAACAGAACCGGUGCCAUGAUAGAUGAAGAGGUCCGAGAAUGGGUGGCCAAGGCUUACAAGCGAACAGUUGAGCUAAUAGAGGAACACAAAGAGCAAGUGGCUCAGAUCGCUGAGCUAUUGCUAGAGAAGGAGGUUCUGCAUCAGGAUGAUCUUGCUAAAGUUUUAGGUGAGCGCCCGUUUGCGUCUGGUGAGACUACAAAUUACGACAGGUUCAAAUCUGGAUUUGAAGAGACCGAUAAGGAGCCUGUAACUGUGAAGCCUGUGGAGGAUGAUCGAGCCCCACCGCUUGAGCCACAGGUGGUUCCGACAUAGACAUCCAAAUUGUUACUCACAUUGUAAAUUUUAUUUAAGGUAAUAACAAAACAUGAUAAUGUAUCUUCAUGUUUUGGCGAUGGUAGUGAUACGUUUAAUCUUAUCUAUAUACUAGAUACAACACCUGAUUUGAUUUAGUUUCUGUACUAAAAAAUCAGUAAACCUCUUAUAGCUUUCAACAUGUGAUACAUAAAAUGACACAUUGCAAAAGCAAAGGAAAACCAAGUAGAAGAAACGAACAAAACAUAAAUACAAAAGUGUCGGUAUUACAUGACAGUAACACAAAAGCUAAGAAGGGACCCAACAAGAAGAAGAGAACAGGAUACGACCUUUCCAACCUUGCAAGAACCAGUUACUAUCUUCAUCAAGCACAAAGUCUUUA